CGCGGUGUGUCAUUUCCGGCGCUGAAUCUCUAUGGUGACUGACUGACUGCGGAGAGGCAGAAGCUAGUGCAGUUUCCAGUAGUUUAAUUAGUAGUUAGUGACUGAUCAUCAUCAUGGCUAAAAGUGACGGCUGCUCGUAUUUCAGGAGAUCCAGUCUGUUCUGGAUCGUGACCGUGACGGUUUCUUUGGGCUUUUUCACGUGGACAGUGUUUUGGCCUCAGGACGUCCCGUAUGGCAGUCUGGGUCCUCUCGGAGCUCUGGCCAAACAUUUGGUUGACUAUCAUUAUCCUGUGCUGUAUUACGGAUGGUAUCUGACGUGGAUCAUCCAUUUGUUCGAGGCUCUUUAUGCGCUGAAGGUCUGCAGUGAUAAAGGCAUCGACAACACUUCCACACGUUUGCUGUGGUUUGCUCAGACCUUCUUGUUUGGUAUCGCGUCUCUUGGUCUUCUGCUCAAAUACAAGCCCGACGGCCGACCCAAGCGCCAGUGAGAGAAACCACCGGUCAUUUCCCAGCAGGAUACUGAUCUUUGUAUUCCAGAGGAUGUCAACAGGAGCACAUAAAGCAGCUGUCGAGGUUUCAGUUAUACGGUCACAUCACUUCCAUGUUUAGCAUGGCCUUUUUUUACAUGAUCCGGGUUUAGUUCAACUAUCAGCAGCAUUAAUGUCCUUUCCCACAGAAAAUCAUUUCAACUCGACAGUCAGUGUUUUAAAAAGUGCAGCGAGACUGAGUGAUAAACAUCAAAAUACACACUGUUUAGUUACACAUGUUUACAUGAGACUAGUGUCUAGUGACCUUUACUGGUAUAGAUAGUUUAAGAGCCAUGGAAAUCCUGUAAACAUGGUAACUUUAUUAACAAUAAUAGUAACAAUAUUCAGCGAGCCCUCCAUUUAAGCUGUAAUAUUUCACUAACACUUCACUUAAAGCCUUUGUUUAAUGCAUUAUAAAUGUAUUUGGUAACACUUAACUAAUGUUGUUAACUAAGGAACCUUAUUGUAAACAUAAACUAAUAAUGAACUGCACUUAAACAGCAUUUAUUAAUCUUUGUUAAUGUUAAUUUUUAACAUUUACUAAUAUGUUAUUAAAAUCUUGUUAACAUUAGUUAAUACACUGUGAACUAACAUGAACAAACAAUGAACAACUGUAUUUUCAUUAACUAACGUUAACGAAGAUUAGUAAAUACAGUAACAAAUGUAUUGCUCAUGGUUAGUUCAUGUUAGUUAAUACAGUAACUAAUGUUUAACCUUAUUGUAAAGUUUUACCAUGUAUUCAUAAUGCAUGUUAAAAUGCAUUAUAUCUUUUCAUAAAAAAUUGCAACCAGUUAAAAUGCAUUAUAAUAUUUGCAGAAUCCGUGUCACAUCUGAAACUGGUUGUUUGGCAUGUUUGGUGUUUUAAUGCAUACUUUCUAAAGUAUCAUAUCUUUGGUUACAAUUAUUCAUGAUAUAAUACAAUGCAUUAUAAGAAGGCUUUUUUAAACUUUUAUAAUGCAUUAUACAUAAAGGCUUUAAAUAAAGUGUUUCCAUAUAUUUCAUCCAAGACAUUGAAGAAAAUUGGCAUGGAAUUUACUUUAAAACAAUUUUCACUCAGAAAUUGCUAGUAAAUUAUGCACAUAAUUACAAAGAAAUGGCAAGGUAAACCUGAAAUUUUGAAGUUGAAAGACUGAAACAGUAUUUUCAUACUCCAAUAAUCUUCUAAAAUCAGUUUUUAGAGUUCAUGCUCUGCUGUAAUUAUGAGAUGGAAAUUAUUCAGGUUACACUUAGAUUUUAUGGGUUUUUUUUUAGCAGUUUAAUUGUUAGAUUAUUUAAAUAUAACUUGAAUUAAAUCAUUUGAAGUCAUUCUGAGGCCCUCCAGUGAAACCACCAGACGCCUUACAGCUUAAACACAUUUUAAAGUAAAAGUUCAUGAGUUUGAAUGAAAGCACGAGGGUUUUCUGUGGUGAUCAGAUGCUGUUGGAGCUGAACACAGAGCAUUCUUCUACCGCAGGGUUUCUCAAGCUCUGCUCCAGGGUUCAGAAGUGCACUUGGAUAUUUAGAAUAUCUGUAGAUUCAUAGACUUCAGCUCAAACACAUUACUGAUGAGGAACUGCAGUGUUCAGUCACUAUAGUUCACUUCUAGAGUUUUUACCAUUAUACGAUUUACAGAUCGAGAGGACACAGUGUUUAACGCUGGUGAGUGUUUGAAUGAUGGACCGUGUGGUUGGUCUUUUUAAAGAGAUGCAAAAUAAACGGAUUUGAAAUGUU